CCCUGAAUUCCUUUUGUAUGGAUAUCCUGAGUCCUCUUCAUGUGUUUUUGUCGUGACUCUGAUGUGUUUUGCAUGGAGAUGGUGUUUGUGCCACCUUGGCUGUGGUCUGGGAUGGAACGGGAAAGACCGGCACCAUCGUCCCGUGAUCCAGUAAGGAGGAAAGGAAUCACAUGGAAAACCCACAGAGCUGGAAUCUGCUGGCUCAGAGCGAGCUGGACCCUGUCUGGCCGUGGGUCCCUGGCCAUUGGCGUUCCCGAGUGCUGGCGUGGGGCUUUCAUCCGAGUGACCCAGCACAAUCCUCAAGGGAUGGAGAAAGCUGUCCCGAGCUUCUCAGAGCGCCAAGGAGAUGGAGGCAGAGCCCUGUUGAUGCCACCAGAGCCAAGCGACGAGACUUUUCCUCCUCUGGAGUGUCCCCAAGGGGAAGAGCGGAGAGCAGCUUUCCUGCAGGAUGCAAAGAAGCCCCUGGAAAACCCUGGGAGCUCAUUGGAAACGGAGGCAGAGCUUGAGGAAGAUGCUUUCUAUGCUGAGGAUGACCUGGAGACCAUGAGCAGGGAGGGGAAGGGACCCUCCAGUGUUGAGCUGUGCCCAUUGCAAGAGGAACCUGACUUCUUCUCAUCGCUGGCACGUCAGGAGCCCGACGUCGCCCUGGAGGCUGACGACGUUGCUGAUGAGCCUGAUCCUGCCCUGUCCGGUGCUGUCCCAGCUGCUGCUCACAGGACAGAACUCAGCUCCACGAACGAAGAGCAUUUGGAGUUCAAGAAGGCUUUGUACAGAACAGAUGCCAGGAGCUCCUUGGACCUGCGAACCAUGGCCUGGGACACGUCCACCCUGGAGAGCAGAGCAGGCGAUGGCAGAGAAGAAAGCACUUUAAAGAGGCUCUCUGGCUUGAAGGACUUGAAGGACUCGCGGUGUGGAAAGGAAGCACCAUUUGCCAUGGAGCCCCAGGUUGUAAACACGGUGCAGGUGGACCCUGAGAGUGACUCUGAGGAACUGGGUGGUGGCAAGGGGACAGCAGGGCCACCCAGCCCUUGCGCUGGGGCAUCGGUCGGCGGCGGCGCUGAGGAGAAGUACCUGAAAACGGAACCAAAGCAACUUGAAGGCCUCAGCAAAGAGCACUUGGAGAAGAGCAAGAGAGGGAUCCAGAGGGGGGACUGGAUCUCGAGACCCACCAGAAGCCCAAGUCCUCACUAUAAAGACAUGGGCAAGGUGACAGAUGUAGCAACCACCUUGCCCUUCCGGGGCCAGGCCGUGCGUGAAGUGCCUCCUCCGCUGUUCAGGAAAACCCUGAACCCUGUCCUCAGCAAGGCCAAAUCCUUGGAAAGCUCCUCAUCCCAUAGGAAGGGGCUGCUGGUUGACUCGGACUUGGGGGAGAUCAACCCGCUCAGCACGGCCGAGUGGACAAUCCCAAAGCUCGGCGCGGAGCUGGCCGUUGGCAAACAGACCUGGACAGUGAAUGCUGAAGACUCGGUGGAGAGGAUGCCGUUGAUGUCUCUGGAUCCUGCUCCCUGCAGCUCCUACGACAUCGAGAUGAGGCCCUAUGUGUGCAGUGUGUUGGUGGAGGAGCAGGGGAAGGAGGAGCUGGGUCCGGAGGAGGACCCCACGGUGUACACCUGCAUCGAGUGCAGCAUCUACUUCAAGAAGAAGGAACACUUGAUGGAUCACAUGCUGCAGCACAACCGGGGACCAGGGAGGGACCAAGACAGGGAUGCUUUGGGAGGACAGUGUCAGUUCUGCUGCAACGAGUGCGGAUGGGCCUUUGGAGACCCCACGUCUUUGGAGCAGCACAAGAGGCUCCACCAGGAAUCCAGGGAGAAGAUCAUUGAAGAGAUCCAGAAGCUGAAUGAGUUCCCAGACGAAGGCCGGGACGCGCGGCUGCAGUGCCCCAAGUGUGUCUUUGGCACCAACUCCUCCAAGAUCUUUGUCCAGCACGCCAAGAUGCACGUCAAGGAGAGGAAGGACCAAGGGGCCAAGAAGCUGAACCUCUUUGGAAGCACAAGCAGUGGAGAAAUCCGGGAUAGCCCCAUGCAUGGCAUCUACAAACCCUUCAAACCCGACGAACACGUGGCCCUGCAGAUGCAGGUGCCACCCCAAAGCAGCAGCAAAGGGCUCAGCACCUGCGUGCUCUGCAGCUUCCCGGCUCCCAACGACAGCAUCCUCAAGGAGCACAUGAAAUACGCCCAUUCCCACCUCUCCUGGGACACGGAGGUGUACGAGGAUGAUCCCAAUCAGCCAGGAACCAGCAGAGAUGCCUACAGCCCGGCCCGCCCAGCCCGCUUUGCCGACACGGAUUACUUUGGCAAAGCAGAGCAGCUUUUCCCACCACCUUCCCAGGAGAGCACAUCUCAUUAUGAAGCUGUUCCCAGUUUUGCCCUAACGCAUCCCAGACACAAGAGCAACGGGGCUGGCAAGAAGGACUACCAGGCAUCGGGGUUUCACGCCAGGAAAGCGGCUCCCUAUGGUGCCCCGCACAAAACCUUGGGAUUAUCGGGUUUUCCGUCUGCUAAAGCUUAUUCCCAGUUUGCUCUGCAGCAGCUGAAAAAAAAAGGAGGAGCUCAGCCCCUUGAAGGAGAAGGUGAUGCCCUCAGGAGUCACCCCAUGGGGCUGGAAGAGCUCAGGCACAAGUGGCUGUUGGGCACCGAUGCCGCGAGCAUGGAAGAGGAGAUCUCCGGAAGCACAGAGAUGGAUUUGGGUGAGAGCAGAGGCAUCAAAGCCCUCAGCAUCCCUCAGGCUGCCUUGGACCUCAAGAGGACGUUCAGAGACACCUUGAAGGCCACGGACCCUUCGAUAGCUUCAGAGGAGCAGCAGCAGCAGUUGCGGAUGAUGGUCCCCAUCGUCCUCCUGGAGGAGGUGAACCUGCAUCCCAAAGCGACAAAGAGGCCCCGGGGGAAGCCCUUCAAGAAGAAAGCGCUGCUCCCAUCCCGGGACUUCCUGAUGGAAGAACCCAUUCCCUUGGAUAUGCUCCUGUUGGACGCUCCUCUGGAGCUCGACGACCUCCUGGACUCGGACUCACCCAUGCUGAAGAACGAGGAGCGGAAAUGUCCCUAUUGCCCUGACCGCUUCCACAACGGCAUCGGGUUGGCGAACCACGUGCGGGGCCACCUCAACAGGGUGGGGGUGAGCUACAACGUCCGUCACUUCAUCUCGGCCGAAGAAGUCAAAGCUAUUGAGCAAAAGUUUUCCUUCCAAAAGAAGAAGAAAAAAGGUAUUGCCAACUUCGACCCCAGCACCUUCAGCCUGAUGCGGUGCGAGUUCUGCGGCGCCGGCUUCGACACGCGCGCCGGUCUCUCCAGCCACGCCAGAGCCCACCUGAGAGACUUUGGGAUCACCAACUGGGAACUCACCAUCUCGCCCAUCAACAUCCUCAAGGAGCUGUUGGCCAACUCCUCGGAGCAUCCGAUGCUGCAGGCGGCGAUGGGAGCGGAGCCUUCGUCCCCGAGCAGGGAGAGGGAAGCUCAUGGCUUCGGGCCUCGCAAGAGCAUGACCCCCAUGUCUGAGUGCAGCAUUCCACGUUCUCCUCUGUCCCCGUUCCCCACGUCCUGGGGAGAUGAGUCCCUGCAGUCCUACAGAGAUGUCCUGGCUCCAGAAGAGGAAGAACUGGUGGCCAUGGAGGUGGCUUCCCCCCCUCUCCCAAAAAAAAGCCUUCCCAGUGGGCAGCUGGAUCCACCCCCUUCCAGGAUAGGGACCAAAGUGUCUCCUGAGCCACCCGGGAGCAAAGGAGAGCCUCAGGACCCCAAAACCCAGAACCUCACCACGUGCGAGGUGUGCGGCGCCUGCUUCGAGACCCGCAAAGGCCUCUCCAGCCACGCGCGCUCCCACCUCCGGCAGCUCGGCGUUGCCGAGUCGGAGAGCAGCGGGGCUCCCAUCGACCUGCUCUAUGAACUGAUGAAGCAGAAGAGCAAACCCGACGGCAGCCCCAUCGCUCCUCCCUUGGGCAAGAAACCCCCCAAAGAGGCCAGCACCGCGUCCCCUCGCCCCACGCUCCUGGCGCUCGGCAAAGGCGGCGAGCGCCCCACGGAUGGGCCUGUGAACAAAGCCAUCAAAUCCCCUCCUGGCUUCUCCAAAAGCCUUUCCCAACCGGGAUCACCCAUCCUUAAGAAGGUGCCGGCAGCUCUUUCGGGGUCCCCGUCCCCAAAGAACCCUGAGGAGAAGAGCUCCAAGCUGUCGCUGAGCCCUCUGCAGAGCUCCCCCAGUGCCCAGUGGCCGCAGGCGGAUGAGGAAGGACCCCUGAAUCUGACCUCGGGAGCGGAGCCGGUGCGGGAUAUCCGCUGCGAGUUCUGCGGGGAGUACUUUGAGAACCGCAAGGGUUUGUCCAGCCACGCUCGCUCCCACCUGAGGCAGAUGGGGGUGACCGAGUGGUACGUCAACGGCUCCCCCAUUGACACCCUACGGGAGAUCCUCAAGCGGAGAACCCAACCCCGGAGCAGCGCUUCCAAUCCCGGCGUUCCAGGCCAGAAAGCCAUGGCCAAGAGCCUGCUGAGCACCAUGGGAUCCUUGGAUGCACGUGGCCCCGGAGAGCUUCACAUCCCAACCCUCCCCAAGAAGGUCCAGCAAGCCGGCAGCCCCAUGGGGCAGUCUCCUACCUCGUCCCCACCUCCCACCGCCCGGAAGAUGUUUCCAGGCCUUUCUCCUCCCUCCUUGCAGAAGAAACUCAAACAAGAUCACCUGAGGGUGGAAAUCAAGCGGGAGAUGAUGUCGGGAGGACUGCAUGGAGAACCUCAUCCAUCCGACCAAGCCUGGUCCCCGCGGGAGGACAUGUCUCCUUUGAACCUCUCUUCCCGAGCGGAGCCGGUGCGGGAUAUCCGCUGCGAGUUCUGCGGGGAGUACUUUGAGAACCGCAAGGGUUUGUCCAGCCACGCUCGCUCCCACCUGAGGCAGAUGGGGGUGACCGAGUGGUCGGUCAACGGCUCCCCCAUCGACACCCUACGGGAGAUCCUCAAGAAGAAAACCAAGCCGUGCGUCAUCAAGAAGGAACCUCACCCUUCCUCCAUCGAACCUCCCAAAGGCAUCGGAGAGGAAGGGCUGGAGCCGAAACCCACCGGGAAAAUCCUGCAGGGAAUGACCCUGGCUCCUUUAGGUGGCAGGCCGGGGAAACCGGGUCCCGGGAGCUCCAGCCUGAGCCGGGAGCUGUCGCUGUCACCUCUGGCCAGCAAAGGCCAAGGUGGGUUCCUGACGCCGCUGGCGGCCAAGCGACCGCUGCAGGAGGAGCGUUUGGGUCCUCACGGCGACGUCAAGCACAAGAGCUUCAUCCAGACCGAGCUGCCCUUCAAGGCCAAGGCCGUGCACGACAAACCCACGCACACGUCCGGCGAAGCCUGCUGUGAGCUCUGCGGCCUCUACUUCGAGAACCGCAAGGCGCUGGCGAGCCACGCGCGGGCCCACCUGCGGCAGUUCGGCGUCACCGAGUGGUGCGUGAACGGCUCGCCCAUCGAGACCCUCAGCGAGUGGAUCCGGCACCGGCCUCAGAAAGCCGGCGCCUACCGGAGUUACAUCCAAGGGGGCCGCCCCUUCACCAAGAAGUUCCGGAACUCCUCGCAUUCCCGGGAUCACCACCACCACCAUCACCACCACCACCACGACGGCGGCGCGCGGCGGGUGCCGCUCAGCCUGCAGGCCGGCGGCGUGGCGUUCCUGAGCAAGGGAUUGACGGCGGAGCUGGCUCCCGGCGAGGCCGGCAAGAUCCUGGAUGGCGGAAGCGGUGCCGAGCGGCCCAUGAUCACGUCCCCGCUCUCCUUGGUGAAGCUGGAGGAGCACCAGCGCUCCAACAUCAACAAGUUCGAGCGGAGGCAGGCACGGCCCCUGGAUGCUCCAAUCCACCGGGAAGAGGAAGGAGCAGAAUUCCAGCAGAAGAUGGAGGAGACACGGCAGCCGCCGCCGCGGGUGAGGCCGGUGCCAUCGCUGGUCCCUCGCCCGCCCCAAACCUCCCUGGUCAAGUUCGUGGGGAACAUCUACACCCUCAAAUGCCGGUUCUGCGAGGUGGAAUUCCAAGGUCCCCUCUCCAUCCAGGAGGAAUGGGUCCGGCAUCUCCAGCGGCACAUCCUGGAAAUGAAUUUCUCCAAAGCGGAUCCUUUACGGGGAGAAGCCCCCCCCCAACCCGAGCCUCCCGCUAUGGCUGAGGCUCAGUAACCGCAGCCCAAAUCCCGGCUCCCACCGGGAAGCGGCACCGGGAAGCGACCGCGGAUGUGGCUGGAGCAUCCUCACCCCUCUUCCCGCAUCCACAAUUCCCUGUUUUAUCAAAUGGUUGGGAAAAGGCGGGGGAGGGAGCGAUCGCUGCCUUUUGC